AUGGCCGACGAGCAUCUAGCCAAAGCUGGCUUGUACGUCGACGACUUCAAUCGCCUUCGAUUAAUCGAUCCAGAAAUCGCCGAAGUCAUUCAAGGGGGAAAUGAGAAAGCGAAGGACUUCAACGAGCUUCUCAAAAGUUUCGGGUCGAACACGAAGUCGCUCAUCGAGAGCGUCGAGCAAUUCGCGCGGCUCGUCGAAACCGAAAAAAUUCGAGCGAUGACGACGCGCGGCGCGAACGACGCGUCGACAAUCAGCGCUCACGAUCCAGUCAUUUUGCAGAUGACAAUUCGCGAAUAUACGGUGGAAAGAGACCGAUUGAGGGCCGAACUCGAGGCAGUGAAAUCAAUUGAAAGGGAGCAGCAGGAAUUCAUAGCAAAAUUGAUGGAACAAUAA